AUGGCUACCGCUGCUCACUCUAAGCCCAACCUUCCUGAUGCUUCAGAUGUGCUGCACAAUUUGUCUAUUGAUCCAAAGACCAAGACUUUAGCUACUGAAUCUGAAAAUAAGGGGGCUUUCGGCGGAAACGGUAACGGGUUCUUACUUGAUGAGAAGCUAGUGGAGGCUACCAAGACUGGUAAACCUAGUCUUUUGUCUAAAGAUGGAGAUUCAAUCCAAGAGAAGGGAUUGAAUCCGAAGAAACUCGGUUACCAAAACUCUGCUUAUAACACAAAGGGUUCAUAUGGCAAAGGUGGUGCCUACUCUUAUGGGUACUAUUCUCCAGCGUAUCAGUACCCAAGAUAUGGUUACAAUGGGAGCUAUUCGUCGGGAAAGACCAACAGUCUUCAAUAUCAGUACCUUCCUCAGGGUAAAUCAACUGGUGCGGCUCAAUCUUAUGGAUACAUGGACAACAUUUAUUCGAAUUAUGGGAUGUAUGGACCUUACAUGAACAGCAUUGGAGCAGGAUAUGUGUAUGGCUCUUAUGGUUAUGACGCUUGGAAACACAUGCCUAAUUGGUAUGCGGUUGACAAUCGUUACAAGACAAAAAGUUUUGGAUAUGGCAAAGAAAACAUUGAGGGAUUAAAUGAGUUGAAUAGGGGACCACGAGCAAAGGGUUUCAAGAGCCAAGAGGGUUCAAAGCUGAUGACUACGUCUUCUAAGGAGCAGACAGUGACAGAGACUGAGAAACCUAUCGAGGAAGUCUCUCUUUCAGAUCUGAAGGACUACAAUAAGAAGGAUUUCCCUGAGACCUAUUCAGAAGCAAAGUUCUUUGUAAUAAAAUCGUAUAGCGAAGAUGAUAUUCAUAAAAGUAUCAAAUACAGUGUCUGGUCCAGCACUCCUAAUGGUAAUAAGAAGCUGGAUGCUUCAUACAACGAGGCAAAGCAGAAUUCAAAUGGCUGCCCCAUAUUUCUACUAUUCUCUGUAAACACUAGUGGACAAUUUGUUGGUUUAGCUGAGAUGGUUGGCCCAGUCGAUUUUAACAAGACUUUGGAGUACUGGCAACAGGACAAAUGGAUUGGUUGCUUCCCUGUUAAGUGGCAUAUCGUGAAGGAUAUCCCAAAUGGUUCGUUGAGGCAUAUAACUCUGGAGAACAAUGAGAACAAGCCGGUUACAAAUAGCAGAGACACACAGGAGGUCAAGUUAGAGCAAGGCAUCAAAGUCAUCAAGGUUUUCAAGGACCACCAGGCUUCUGUAGCCAAUGAAGUCAAGGCAAGCAAUAAUGUACCAAAAGAUAUCCAUGAGAAACCCAAAGAGUCUACUACAGCCUCACAAGACGCAGCAGCACUAGGAGAUGCAACUAAAGUGACUGCAGAACCAAAAGCGGUGAUAGAGAAUGGAUCAGUUGCUACUGCCUGUGCCUGA